GACAAAAGCCAGUCUAAUCAUUUCCAACAAGUGUUCCAGACACUGAAGAUGAUGGGAUAUCACUGGGCAGAAUGUUGUCAGCAUGUGCCCUUUGGGCGCGUACAGGGAAUGAAGACUCGAAGUGGGGAAGUUGUCUUUUUGGAGGAUGUUUUAGAUGAGGCCCGUUCAAGAAUGCUGCAGAACAUGGCUGUCUCAAAGACCACUAAGGAGUUGGACAAUCCAGACGACACCGCUGAGAAAGUAGGAAUAGCAGCACUCAUUGUUCAGGACUUCAAAGGAUCCCUGUUGUCGGAUUAUCAGUUUGACUGGGACCGAGUUCUCCAGAGCCAGGGAGAUACAGGAGUCUUUCUACAGUAUACACAUGCUAGACUUUGUAGUUUGGAGCGGAUGUUUGGCCCAGGAGAUCAGAACUAUUUUAGUCCGCAGUGUUUACAGGAGCCACAAGCAGUCUCUGUACUACAGCACUUUCUGAGGUAUGAUGAGGUACUAUACCAGACCACUGAAGAUCUGCAACCAAAGCAUAUCACCAACUACCUGCUAAGACUCUGUCAUCUUUUGGCUGUUGCUCACAAGUCCCUAACUGUCAAAGGCAGUACACCAGAAGUGGCACAGACAAGACUAUAUCUUUUCCGAGCUGGGCAGUUAGUUCUUGCCAAUGGGAUGAAACUUCUUGGUAUCACACCAGUUGACAAAAUGUGACUGAAAGUAUAUAUCUGCUUCUCAGUAGAAGUAGCAGACAAUCAACAUACAGCUAUCAACACAGAACUAAGAUGUUACUGUUUCAAUGUAUGUGAGAAUUAAACAUUAAUUUUCCUAGGAAUGCUUCUUUCUGAUGGACUUUCUCUGUGUUAGAAUUUUUUUCAAGCAGAGGCUAUUAAUAAAGAAGCCUCCUUUUGAAUGUAACUUUAAUUAAUGGUCUGUCCUUUGUAUUUUGUAGUACAGAUCAAGAAAAGGAAUGUUACUAUGGCAGCAACAGUCACUGCCAUAACCAGAAAUGUUGCAGACUAUAUUUAAAAUGUAGCAAAUAUUCAUCACACUCUAUUUUCACGUCAUCUUUUUUAUGACUAAUAACAUUUGUUAAACAGAUUCUGAAUAAAGUAUUAAUUGGUA